AUGCCAUUCAAAAAAACAACAGAGGAAAAUGAUGAUUAUACCCCCUCUGAGCGUCUGACGGCAGCGACACUAGAGUAUAAGAAACUAGAAGCCACCAAUCAAUCUAGUAUGGAACGUAUGUACGGUGCAUUGUCUUCGACGUUUAAGAUAUCAGACAGACCUUGUGAAGUUCAACGUGCAGCAGUUAUACAGUGUUUUGAAAAGAUUCUUGGGACUACAGGAAAUAGUGUUGAGGGUAAGGACAAAGGUCCUGGUGGGAACCUCACUGAAAUGACUGUUGAUAGUAGCAGCAAUAGUAAUAAUGCACCAAUGACAACAACAUCGGAAUUUCCUCCUGUUCACAAAUGUUAUGACUCGGUGUUAUUGUAUGAAUCGUGUGUUUUGGAAAAGUCAUUAGCGCAGCAUCACAGCCUAGUUGCUUCCUUUGAGGCUCGUCACCGUGAGAAAGCAAACCUAGUUGGAAAAGAUGGGUAA